UUGUUUAACAACGUAAUUUCACACGUGUUUUAGACACCGCACCGCACGUUUAAUUUCAUUUCUGCGCGAAACACUCAUCUAAAAUGUCCGAAGCUGCUGAAACCCCGAGUGUGGAAGUACAGGAAGAGGAAACACAGGCCACUGAGGUGCCCGUGGUGGAUGCGAAGAACGGCGCUGCUAAGGAGGAACCGGCUCCGGCAGCCGAAGAAUCCACCGGUGACUUAUCCAAACAGGAGCGCGCCAUAAUCCGACAAGUUGAGUACUAUUUCGGCGAUGCCAACCUCAAUCGGGACAAAUUCCUGCGGGAGCAGAUUGGCAAGAACGAGGAUAGCUGGGUGCCGUUAUCUGUCCUCAUCACCUUUAAACGGUUGGCUGCCCUGACCACGGAUUUCGCCGAGAUUGUGGCUGCCCUCAACAAAUCGGAGGAAGGCCUCGUGGAAAUCAGCGAGGAUAAACUUAAUCUGCGUCGCCAUCCAGAGCGUCCCAUCCCGGAGCAUAACGAGGAGCGGCGAAAGGAGAUCCAGGAACGCACCGCCUACGCCAAGGGCUUCCCUCUGGAUUCCCAGAUCAGUGAACUCUUGGACUUUGCCGCCAACUACGACAAAGUGGUUAACCUGACCAUGCGAAAGCACUACGAUAAGCCCACAAAGUCGUACAAGUUCAAGGGAAGCAUUUUCCUCACAUUCGAGAACAAGGAUCAGGCGAAGGCUUUCCUAGAGCAGGAGAAGAUUGCUUAUAAGGAGCGCGAGUUGUUGCGCAAGUGGCAGGUUGACUAUCUCAAGGAAAAGCAAGAGGAGUACGCCCAGAAGAACGAGAAGCGGAAGAACAAGAAAGAGGCCAAGCCGGAGCCGGCCUUUGAGCUGCCCAAGAACGCCAUUGUGGUCUUUGAAGGUGCUCCGGAGACUUCAACUCGCGAGGAGAUCCGCGAGGCUUUCGAGAAGAUCAAGGACUUCGAGGUGGCCUACAUCGAGUUCGCCAAGGGUGAAACUAAGGGUUCCGUGCGUCUGACAGAGGCCGAUGCGGCCGAAAAGUACAUUGCCAAGGUGGAGGAGGGAAAGCUGAAAUUCAACGAUGAGGUCUCCCUAAAUCUGCGUAAGGCCACCGAGGAGGAAGAGAAGGAGUUCAUCGACAAGGCCAUCGAAUUCAUGAAGAAACGCCGAGAUUUCACCCGCAACAAGGGCAAGCGCUUCGGACGCAAGCGUCAUGGCGGAAACGACCACAAACAUGGCAAUAAGAAAGCGCGUGGGGAUUAGCUCAUCCAUCUAUCUUCCGCCACCCGAGUGUUUUGAUGGCAGUAGACCAACCUUAACUGUUACUCGGUAGAUCUAGUUGACCUAGCUUUAAGCGCUUACUUAUUAAACAUAUGCUUUCUUGUAGUUUGCAAAAAUAAUCGUAAGAGAAACAGAAAAUUCUCCAAAAAAAUAUGUAUAGUCUGUUUACAUAGAUAACGAGAUGAACUCUAAUUUAUUUACGGAUCCAUUUGUUUCCUUAAGCAGAGUGUUUUAAAUAAAGACCAGUUUGUAAAACCCGAAAAA